CUUACCGUUAGUAGCAGACUUACAAGAACCUUUGAGUCGACAUCUUCAUAGGAGGGGCAUCAUGCAUUGGACAUCAUUCAUUAUGAUUCUAGGUUUCUGCCUAGCUGUCACAAUAAAAGGCUGUUUUAUCACAAACUGUCCUCCCGGUGGGAAAAGGUCGAUAGGAACUUUUGCGACACAUUAUACAAGAGAGUGCGGACAAUGCGGUCCAGGUGGAAUGGGACAAUGUCAGGGUCCCGACAUCUGCUGUAGUGAUAUCUUUGGUUGCUUCAUCAAAACACGCGAAUCUGUUAUCUGUCGAUAUGAAAACUUGCAAGUAAUUCCUUGUAAUAAGAAAGGUAAAAUAUGCGAGACAGUACCACAUGGGUAUUGCGCAGCUCCCGGAAUCUGCUGUUCUGCAAUUCAAUGUGCUGUUGAUGAUGAAUGUCCAACAGGAGUCUUGGAUAAGGGCGUGGCCUAUAAGUAUGAUCAUUUACGUUUUGUUUUAUUACCUUGGAAUAUGAAUGGAAAACUACCAGACUAAACAGAUAAACUACACUUCUAAAGCUUACUUUUUAGUGUCAGAAAUAGUUAAAUCAACAACACA